AUGAAGUCGCUCUUCUUCAUCCUGCCAUUCACCCUUGGAGGAGCUUUUGGUGCUAAAGAUGUACCAAAGAUCGACGAUUACUAUGCCCCCGGUCGAGUAGACAGAUUGUUCUACAAACGUGCUCCCAAGUCCUGGGAUUGCGACGAGUGGCCGCCCGCGCUUGUUCAACAGCUGGCUUUCGACCCAAAUCCCCAGGUCCGUCCACCAAACAGUCUCAGAUGUAUGUCAGAUACCGAGAAUCGGUCCCUUGGUGGCAAACUCGGUCAAUUCAUUAGAUCAAAAAGAGCUGCGAGGGAUGAUUUCUUCCGUAUGGAUCUCACAACCAACAUCGGGACUGCAAACCUGAGCAAAGUUCAGUACUGCCUCAACACAUACAACGAUAAAACAGAGCCUGAUUGCACACAAGACGGCCACCAAUUCGGUAUGGUGCAGAAAGGACUCAAAGGCGGCAAGAUCAGCUCUCUAUACGACAACGUCGGCAACUUUAACCGGUACAAGUUCCUCAGCACCCCGUACAAGGAGGUUUGCCAGUGCUGUGUCAAAUUCAUGCGCGAUGGGAUAACGAUUUUCGGUCUGCCGUCCUAAGCGACUGGAAAAACGAAGACUACUACAUC